AUGAAUUCAAAGCUGAUGAGAACAUUUACAAGGCAAGAAGUGGAGGAGACUAUUUUUAACAUGAGUCCACUUAGUUCUCCAGGUCCAGAUGGGUUUCCCCCUGCUUUCUAUCAAAACCAUUGGUCCCAAGUGGGAAAUGAGGUAUGUGAAGCUUCUCUCUAUAUUCUAAAUUCAGGUGGUAAGGUUGAUGCUAUUAAUGCUACUCAUAUUGCACUAAUUCCUAAGAAAAAUAGCCCCUCAACAGCUUCUGAUUUUCACCCUAUUAGUCUUUAUAAUGUUAUGUAUAAGAUUGUCUCAAUGGCUAUUGCAAAUAGGCUGAAAUCCAUUUUUCUAGGCAUCAUUUAUGUUACACAAUCUGCCAUUGUCCCAAGAAGGCUUAUUUCAGAUAAUAUUAUUGUUGCUUUUGAGACCCUACACACAAUGAAAAGCAAAUUGAGUGGCAAUGAGGGAUACAUGGCCUUAAAGCUUGACAUGAGCAAAGCUUAUGACAGAAUUAAAUGA